AUGUCGCUCUCCAUACCGAACGCGCCCAACCAGGGCCUGUUCAAGCCCGGCUACCAGAAGUACGAGCUCGACGAUGUCUGUCUGGAGAAAACAGCACCGUGCUAAUGUGGAGACCCCAGCUACGACGCCGAAGAUGGCGCUGUCAUCCGCAACAUCGACGCCUGCCGCACCAUUGCCUCUACCGUUCAGACCUCCCUCGGUCCCUAUGGCCGCAACAAGAUUGUCAUCAACCACCUGCAAAAGAUGAUCCUCACAAACGAUGCCGCAACAAUCCUCAGGGAGCUCGAAGUGGUACAUCCGGCCGCAAAGCUUCUGGUCAUGGCAUCGCAGCAACAAGAAGCCGAGAUGGGAGACGCCACCAACAUGGUCAUUGUGUUCGCUGGAGAACUGCUGAAGAAGGCCGAGGAGCUGAUCCGGAUGGGCCUCAAGACGAGCGAGAUUGUCCAGGGAUAUGAGCGCGCCGGCAAGUUUGCACUGGAGUCUCUAGAGGAGCUGGAGGUUGACAAGGUGGGGAACAUUCGGGAUCAGAGUGAGCUGGCCAAGGCUAUUCGGACUGUUGUCGCCGCGAAGCAAUCUGGCUCCGAAGAUUUCCUUGCAGAACUCGUCGCCGAAGCCGUGCUGGCAGUCUUGCCAAAGAAUCCCUACAACUUCAAUGUGGACAAUGUGCGGGUAGUCAAGAUCAUGGGAGGCAGUUUGGAGCAGUCAAAAGUGGUCAAGGGAAUGGUGUUUGGACGAGAGCCAGAUGGAACAGUGAAGCAGGCAUCGAAGGCCAAGGUUGGAGUCUUCAGCUGUCCAAUCGACAUCUCCCAAACGGAAACCAAGGGCACAGUGCUACUCAAGAACAGUAAGGAGCUGCUGAACUUCACCAAAGGCGAGGAGGCUCAGAUGGAGAACGCGAUCAAGGAGCUGCACGACUCCGGACUCAGAGUAGUGGUUGCAGGCAGCACAGUGGGAGAGCUCGCCAUGCACUACCUCAACCGAUUCGGGAUCCUUGUCAUCAAAGUCCUGUCCAAAUUCGAGCUUCGGAGGUUAUGCAGAGUGGUCGGCGCGACUCCCCUGGCUCGUCUCGGCGCUCCUAUGCCGGACGAGAUGGGAAAUGUCGACGUUGUGGAGACCUUGGAGAUCGGCGGCGACCGCGUAACGGUCUUCAGACAAGAAAACGAGCAGACCCGAACGGCAACCCUUGUCCUUCGCGGCGCAACGCAGAACCAUCUCGACGAUGUCGAGCGUGCCGUAGACGAUGGUGUCAACGUGUUCAAGGCCAUCACGAGAGACCCACGACUAGUACCUGGAGCCGGCGCGGCCGAGAUGCAACUCAUCGAGCGUGUGACCGCUCUUGCGGACAAGACCUCCGGACUCGCCCAGUAUGCCAUCAAGAAAUACGCCGAAGCAUUCGAAGUCAUCCCACGUGUACUGGCCGAGAGCGCCGGUCUUGAUGCCACAGAAGUCCUCGCAAAACUGUAUACCGCUCACCACGGCACCUCGUCAUCAAAAGCCAAAGACGAUGAAGAGGAAGAAGUUCCAUGCCUAGGCGUCGAUCUUGACACAAGCGGGAGUCAAGGCACCGGAACCAUUGACGCAGAAGAGGAGGGCAUUUUGGAUCUCAUGGUGACCAAGUCCUGGGCCAUCAAGCUGGCCACAGAAGCAGCGAGAACAGUGCUCUCCGUCGAUCAGAUCAUUGUAGCGCGACAAGCUGGUGGCCCAAAGCCGCCGGGCCCCAACCCCAAUUGGGAUGAUGAUGAUUAG